AUGGAACCUCGCUUCAGGAGACGAGCUGAUGGCAGCCUGAAUCUGACUGAUACAAUGGAAGCGGCAAAGGUGAAGGAGGCCAACAAAGGAAAGCCGUACACAAGACCCCUGUCCCCUGACAUAGUGCUGGACAAGGCCAAGAAAAGCUUAAAUCAGCACCACGGAGAUCUAGCUAACAGAAAGCACCUGCUGGGUUUCUUUGAAAUCCAGUUUGGUGUAUUUCGAGGGCAAACAUUCAAGUGGGUGGCUGAAAAUGCCCUGGGGUAUGCAGCUUACUUGGUGGCAGCUAUGAAGAGGGACCCCACAGGAGGCAGCAAAGACUCCCAAGAACAUGCCCACAACAAAGAGAGUUUCAGGGAGUAUUUUGAGCUCUUUCCUUCUGGCAGAAUUGCCAUUGCCAUGAAGGAAGAGCAAUAUGCUGGGAAAGCUCUCCAGCACGCUGCCACCACCCAGCACGCUACCUCCACCCAGCACGCUACCACCACCCAGCACGCUACCACCACCCAGCACGCUACCUCCACCCAGCACGCUACCACCACCCAGCACGCUACCACCACCCAGCACGCUGCCACCACCCAGCACGCUACCACCACCCAACACGCUGCCUCCACCCAGCAUGCUACCAUCACCACCCAGCACGCUACCAUCACCUCCCAGCACGCUACCACCACCCAGCACGCUGCCUCCACCCAGCACGCUACAACCACCACCCAGCACGCUGCCUCCACCCAUACUUCCACCGCCUCUCUCCGCUCCCUCUUGUUUAGGAAGUUGCCUAACCAGAAAAGCCUGACCAAGACCAUUGAAAGGCUGGUUUCCCCCGUCAAAUCCACACCUUCUUUGGCCCAGGCACGUACGCGGCCCUCAGCCACCCUCACUCGCCCGACUGUGUCCAUUGAGGCAGGCACAGGGACCUCAGCAAUCCUCAAUAACCCGACUGUGUCCAUUGAGGCAGCCACAGGGACCUCAGCUAUCCUCACUCGCCCGACUGUGUCCAUUGAGAUAGAUGACAGCACACUGCUGGCAGAGGCAACUAAGUUUGAGAUGGCACAUCUGGCAUCACAACGAGUCUGUCUUCCAUCUGGAUGGAUACACACUCUGCCUGAAGUGGAUCAGAGGUGGAUUUCCAAGGCCCUGUUCAGGUGGACAGCACAGGGCCAUCCUGAGCUGAUCUUUAGCAGGGUGGACAAACUUUGGUGGUAUCCUCCACAGGUUCCACUGAAGACCAGUAAUUGCCCUCCCUUAGAGAACUACUUUGGCCAUCCCCUGCUGCUCUGGAUGCCACGAAAACUGUGGCAAGUGAAGCUGACCUGUCCACAUCCAGACUGUCAGAAAGACCUUCUGACCUCAGCUGGCUUGCAUCAAAAGAUCAGGCAGGUGUUUGCCUUGGGUAAGAUAUACUUUGUGGCAUCUGAGUACCUGGCCUGCCGAAGAUGUAAGAGGAAAGUCAUCAGCUGGAGCCAUGAUAUCGUCUCCCAGCUCGACAUUGGCCACAGGGUGCAGUUCCCUUGCAUUCUUACAUCAAAACUUGCAUGUGACGUCGAGGUAGUAUGUUUGAUGCGUCAGCGAGGGCUGGGAAACAGCAGCAGCCAGAUCCAGCGCAAGCUGCAGGAACGUCAUACUGAGGUGUGGUUGCAAAAGACAGUCCAGUAUCUGACAGAUUGCAAGGGGAUUGCCAGUGCUGUCACUUCGAGCCUGAUCCUGCCUGUGACAUUUGAAUCUGCUCCUUCAAUGCCUUCUGUCCCUAAGCAUCGGUGGCUGAUGCAGGUGUACGCCCAGGAUGUCCUGCAAAGGCUGGAUGAGAUCAAGGCCACUAUCACAUCGCAAUAUGGUCGGAUCUUAAAAAUGGAUUCAACAAAAAAAGUGGCCAGAAAACUAGCUGGACGCAGCUAUGGCACUGCUACCUGGGCAACCAAUGUUGGUAAUGAGCACGGACAGGUGAUCAUGUCCGUGCUCACAGCCAGUGAAGGUUUUGGUCUCGGGCCAAUGAUUGAAGGCCUCAUUAAAAGAUACAGAGUGGCUGGGGUGGCUCCUCCCGAGAUACUGUAUGUUGACCGAGACUGCUGUGGCAACACUCUUCUGAGAAGAAUGUUUGAAGAGUGGGAGCAAAUGAUCAUCCGUUUGGAUGUAUGGCACUUCAUGCGGGGGUUUGCUGUGGGUUGCACCACUGACUCUCAUCAGUUGUAUGCCACAUUUAUGAGUCGCCUCAGCCACUGUAUUUUCAUGUGGGACCAGGUUGACCUGACGGCCCUGAAGAAGGCAAAGCAUGCAGAGCUAGAAGCUAACUGGAAACCUACAUCCGAGGCUGAUGUGCUGCGCAGUAUCAGCCGUAACGAGCUAGCCCUACAUUGCAGGAGAACCACUCGCGGGACCAAGGACACCCUGGCGCUGAUUGAGAGCCAUAUUCAGGCCUUUGAUGGAGAUGCUGGUCGUGACACUAUGGGAGUCCCACUAAUAAACUCAGCCCGGAUGAGAGAGAUAUUGAAGUCCCAGCGGAAGCAUGUGGCCUGCAUCCAGGAUCCUGUAGGUGUGCAGCUCUACAUGCAGACGGGCACUGUAGUGAAGGGAGGGCACCGUCUGCCAACCUACCGCUGUGCCAGAGGUUCCACUUCGCUUGAGUCAUUUCACCUGCACCUUAACAGAUUCAUCCCAGGUACGCUGGCGAGUGACACCUUCUUCCAGGCGUAUCUGUUGGAUGGACUUGCAAGGUGGAAUGAGGACCGGGCUGUGGCAGCAACAACUGAUGAGCAGCAGCCCCAUUCCUACAAUCAUCUUCUGCGUCAUGCUGUCAAUACUCUUGCAGAGGAGGUUAUGGGCAAGAAAAUCAUCCCUUAUGUUGGGCCAAGAAAGUACACUGGUGAGCUUAUUGGAGUGGAAUACCUUUACCAGCAAACUGGUAAAGUUCUGCAGGACUACAAGUUGGCCAUUGAAGAGUCCGAGACCACUGAGGUUGGUAUAGAAGUGGAUGAAGGUUAUGCUGAACUUGAGGAGUUUCAGGACAUCACUGUCCCCACCUUUGACACAGAACGGACACCUGUUGCCUCUUCACAAGCAUCAGUGUCUGCAGCAUCAUCUCCAACCCCUCCUGUCACCAGCUCCAUUUCAUCAUUGUCUGUGGUUCCUCCAUCACCAGUGACAUCUCCUGUCACCAGCUCCAUUUCAUCAUUGUCUGUGGUUCCUCCAUCACCAGUGACAUCUGUCACCUGCUCCAUUUCAUCAUCGUCUGUGGUCCCUCCGUCUCCUGUCACCAGCCCACUGCACAGUCAUUCAAAGCCAGGACUCUUUCCUGGAGCACAUAGCUUUCCAGUGGACCAAUUAUCAGCUGAAACUGGUCUUCUGACAUCUGAAGAGAACACUUCACAUGAUGAUUCUGUUGGACCUGAUAAUAUUGGGGGGUAUGGAGCCGUGCAGGACUUGGCAGAGUUCUUGGUUAGCCUCAGAGACCACCGUCUGGCCUUGACUGGAGAAGAGUGCGUCAAGAUCAUCACCCUAUGGCAGGCAUUGGGGGAGUAUGACAAGAGGAAAACCAUUUACCCACGACGUCACCAAACCUCCCUAAAACAGGGACGAUUCAGAGCCACUAAGAAGAUUGUGGCACCAGGUGUGGAGAGCACCAAAAGGUACAGCAGGCGUUGUAAGUCACAGGAACAGGAGAUAUUGAAACAGGGUAUCCAAGCCCCUGAAGCACCCAUGGCAGGACCUGAGAACCUUCCUGCUGCUAUGCAGAAAGGACCGACUCUCUGUUCCAGCAAUUUGUCAGAGCCACACCUUUUUAUCCUGCCACCAAAUACUGCUGGGGAGGCUAAACUCAAAGGGAGGUCGCAACCUCAGGCCAUCUUCCAGGCUCCACCAUCACAUCAAGGACUUCCUGUCCCUAUUGCACCAGCACCACCUGUCUCUCUCCCUUUCAUUUUACCACCUGUGCAGCUUCCUACAGUUCCUGGUACCUCACAGGUGAUGUUCUUCGACCUCCCAUUACCUUCAGCUAUGCCACCAUCAGCUCAGACACAGACAUCCAGUCAACCGGUUCCUUACUCCACUCAGCAAUAUAGAAAGAGAAAACAGAAGAGGGAGAGCGCUGGAACAGUGACAAGAAAGUAUGUUAGGAAGACAGACGUCAUUCUUUGCAGAAAGUGCAAUAAGGAGAGAAAGCCACCAACACAUCUGCAGUACUUUGGCAACUGGUACUGCGAAGAGUCUGAGACUAAAUCAUAUGAUGAAUGGAGAGCUGUGCUGAUGGAACGAGGUUAUAGGAAAAAAAAGCCAGGAAAUGACAACCCUCCAGCUUCUUAAAAUUGCUCUUUCAGCAUGUUAUUUUUAUUUAUUUAUUUG